AUGAAUUAUUACACACAGAGACGCAGUCAUAGCUACAGCGAUAACCACUCCAAAUUUAAUUAUAACAACAUGGCUUACAAGUUUGUUUUCGCACUUGCCUUCGUUGCUGUUGCCAGCGCUGGAUACGCACCAGCUGUCUAUCAUACCGCCCCCGUGGCUUUGGCCCAGAAGGUUUUGGUGAAAUCUGCCGAGUAUGAUCCCCAUCCUCAGUACAGAUUCUCCUAUGGUGUUGAUGACAAACUGACUGGUGACUCCAAGAGCCAGGUGGAAGAACGCGAUGGUGACUAUGUUCGCGGUGAAUAUUCCCUGAUUGAUGCUGAUGGCUACAAGCGUACCGUUCAAUACACCGCUGAUGCUGUCAAUGGUUUCAAUGCUGUUGUCCACCGCGAACCCCUGCUCAAAACUGUCGCUGUUGCUCCUGUAACGCAUUAUGCUGCCCCCACAGUAGUCAAGAAUGUGGCUCACUAUGCUGCCCCCACAGUGGCUACAUAUGCUGCUCCUACCCAUUACAACUCCUAUGGUGCUCCAGUCUACAACUACCAUCAUUAA